AUGAGUGGCCUCGGGGACAGUUCAUCCGACCCUGCUAACCCAGACUCACACAAGAGAAAAGGAUCGCCAUGUGACACACUGGCAUCAAGCACUGAAAAGAGGCGCAGGGAGCAAGAAAAUAAAUACUUAGAAGAGCUAGCCGAGUUAUUGUCUGCAAACAUCAGCGACAUUGACAGCUUGAGUGUAAAACCAGACAAAUGCAAGAUUUUGAAGAAGACAGUCGAUCAAAUACAGCUAAUGAAGAGAAUGGAACAAGAGAAAUCAGCCACUGACGACGAAGUGCAGAAGUCAGACAUCUCGUCGAGCAGCCAAGGAGUGAUCGAAAAGGAAUCCUUGGGGCCUCUUCUUCUGGAGGCUUUGGAUGGAUUUUUCUUUGUUGUGAACUGUGAAGGGAGAAUCGUAUUUGUGUCAGAGAAUGUGACCAGCUACUUGGGUUACAAUCAGGAAGAAUUAAUGAAUACCAGCGUCUACAGCAUACUGCAUGUGGGGGACCAUGCAGAAUUUGUGAAGAACCUGCUACCAAAAUCACUAGUAAAUGGAGUUCCUUGGCCUCAAGAGGCAACACGACGAAAUAGCCAUACCUUUAACUGCAGGAUGCUAAUCCACCCUCCAGAUGAGCCAGGGACCGAGAACUCAGAAGCUUGCCAGCGGUAUGAAGUAAUGCAGUGUUUCACUGUGUCACAGCCAAAAUCAAUUCAAGAAGAUGGAGAAGAUUUCCAGUCCUGUUUGAUUUGUAUUGCACGGAGAUUACCUCGGCCUCCAGCUAUUACGGGUGUAGAAUCCUUUAUGACCAAGCAAGAUACUACAGGUAAAAUCAUCUCUAUUGACACGAGUUCCCUGAGAGCUGCUGGCAGAACUGGCUGGGAAGAUUUAGUGAGAAAAUGCAUUUAUGCUUUUUUCCAACCUCAGGGCAGAGAGGCGUCUUAUGCCAGACAACUAUUUCAAGAAGUGAUGACUCGUGGCACUGCCUCCAGCCCAUCCUAUAGAUUCAUAUUGAAUGAUGGGACAAUGCUUAGCGCCCACACCAAGUGUAAACUUUGCUACCCUCAAAGUCCAGACAUGCAGCCUUUCAUCAUGGGAAUUCAUAUCAUCGACAGGGAGCACAGUGGUCUUUCUCCUCAAGAUGACACUAAUCCUGGAAUGUCAAUUCCCCGAGUAAACCCCUCCAUCAAUCCUACUAUCUCCCCAGCUCAUGGGGUGGCCCGCUCAUCCUCAUUACCACCGUCCAACAGCAACAUGGUAUCCACCAGAGUAAACCGCCAGCCGAGCUCAGACCUCCAUAGCAGCAGUCACAGUAAUUCCAGCAACAGCCAAGGGAGUUUUGGAUGCUCUCCUGGAAGUCAGAUUGUAGCCGGUGUUGCCUUAAACCAGGGGCAGGCCAAUUCCCAGAGCACUAAUCCCUCUCUAAACCUCAACAAUUCUCCUAUGGAAGGUACAGGAAUGUCCCUCGCACAGUUCAUGUCUCCAAGGAGACAAGUUAGCUCUGGAUUGGCAACGAGGCCCAGGAUGCCAAACAAUUCCUUUCCUCCGAAUAUCCCGACAUUAAGCUCCCCUGGUGGCAUGGCAAGUCCUGCCUGUAAUAACAGUAACCGGUCUUAUUCAAACAUCCCGGGAACACCUUUGCAGAGUAUGAGUGAAGGACCCAAUAACUCUGUUGGCUUCUCAGCCAGUCCUCCCGUCCUCAGACAGAUAAGCUCACAGAGUUCACCUAGCAGAUUAAAUAUGCAGCCCGCAAAAACUGAGUCCAAAGAUAACAAAGAGAUUGCAUCCAUUUUAAACGAAAUGAUUCCGCCUGACAACAGCUCUGGCGAUGGCAAACCUCUGGAUUCUGGGCUUCUGCAUAACAAUGACAGACUGUCCGAUGGAGACAACAAAUACUCUCAGACCAGUCACAAACUAGUGCAGCUUUUGACAACCACGGCGGAGCAGCAGUUACGGCAUGCUGACAUAGACACGAGUUGCAAAGAGGUACUGUCCUGCACCGGCACUUCCAACUCUGCCUCUGCUAACUCUUCAGGCGGGUCUUGCCCCUCCUCGCACAGCUCACUGACAGAAAGGCACAAAAUUCUCCACCGGCUCCUGCAGGAGGGGAGCCCCUCGGAUAUCACCACCUUGUCCGUGGAGCCUGAUAAAAAGGACAGUGCAUCUGCUUCUGUGUCAGCGGCUGGACCGGUGCCAGGGAACGCCAUAAAACUAGAAAUGGACGCUUCAAAGAAAAAAGAGUCGAAAGACCAUCAGCUCCUGCGCUACCUUUUAGACAAAGACGAGAAAGAUUUGAGAUCAACUCCAAACCUGAGCCUGGAUGAUGUCAAGGUGAAAGUGGAAAAGAAAGAACAGAUGGACCCUUGUAACACAAACCCAACCCCAAUGACCAAACCUGCCCCUGAGGAAAUUAAACUGGAAUCCCAGAACCAGUUUACAGCUGACCUUGACCAGUUUGAUCAGUUAUUGCCCACGCUGGAGAAGGCAGCCCCGUUGCCAGGCUUAUGUGAGACAGAGAGGAUGGAUGGUGCGGUCAGCAGUGUGACCAUCAAGUCAGAGAUCCUGCCAGCUUCACUUCAGGCCUCCACUGCCAGACCCACUCCCAGGCUGAAUAGAUUACCUGAGCUGGAAUUGGAAGCAAUUGAUAACCAGUUUGGACAACCAGGAGCAGGUGAUCAGAUUCCAUGGACAAAUAAUACAGUGACAGCUAUGAAUCAGAACAAACCAGAAGACCAGUGUAUUAGUUCACAGUUAGAUGAGCUUCUCUGUCCACCAACAACAGUAGAAGGAAGAAAUGAUGAGAAGGCGCUUCUCGAACAGCUGGUGUCUUUCCUCAGUGGCAAAGAUGAAACUGAGUUGGCUGAAUUAGACAGAGCUCUGGGAAUUGACAAACUUGUUCAGGGAGGUGGAUUGGAUGUAUUAUCAGAGAGAUUUCCACCACAACAAGCAACACCACCUUUAAUGAUGGAAGAAAGACCCAACCUUUAUCCCCAGCCUUAUUCUUCUCCUUCACCCACUGCCAGUCUCACUAGCCCUUUCCAAGGCAUGGUCAGGCAAAAGCCUUCACUGGGGUCUAUGCCUGUUCAAGUAACACCUCCCCGAGGCACGUUUUCACCUGGCAUGGGCAUGCAGCCCAGGCAGACUCUGAACAGACCUCCGGCUGCACCCAACCAACUUCGACUUCAACUUCAACAGCGACUACAGGGGCAACAGCAGUUGAUACACCAAAAUCGGCAAGCUAUCUUGAACCAGUUUGCAGCAAAUGCUCCUGUGGGCAUCAAUAUGAGAUCAGGCAUGCAGCAACAAAUUACACCUCAGCCACCCUUGAAUGCCCAAAUGUUGGCCCAGCGCCAGCGGGAGUUGUACAGCCAACAGCACCGACAGAGGCAGCUAAUACAGCAGCAAAGAGCCAUGCUCAUGAGGCAACAAAGCUUUGGGAACAACCUCCCUCCCUCAUCUGGACUGCCGGUUCAAAUGGGGAACCCCCGUCUUCCUCAGGGUGCUCCGCAGCAAUUCCCCUACCCACCAAACUAUGGUACAAAUCCAGGAACCCCACCCGCUUCUACCAGCCCGUUUUCACAGCUGGCAGCAAAUCCUGAGGCCGCCUUGGCCAACCGCAACAGCAUGGUGAACAGAGGCAUGGCAGGGAACAUGGGAGGACAGUUUGGCACUGGAAUCAAUCCUCAGAUGCAGCAGAACGUCUUCCAGUAUCCAGGAUCAGGAAUGGUGCCCCAAGGUGAGGCCAGCUUCGCUCCAUCUCUGAGCCCUGGGAGCUCCAUGGUGCCGAUGCCAAUCCCUCCUCCUCAGAGCUCUCUCCUCCAGCAAACUCCACCUGCUUCCGGCUACCAGUCACCAGACAUGAAGGCCUGGCAGCAAGGAGCAAUGGGAAACAACAAUGUAUUCGGUCAAGCCGUCCAGAACCAGCCCGCGCCCGCACAGCCAGGAGUGUACAACAACAUGAGCAUCACGGUGUCCAUGGCCGGUGGAAACACCCAUGUGCAGAACAUGAACCCGAUGAUGGGCCAGAUGCAGAUGAGCUCUUUGCAGAUGCCAGGGAUGAACACGGUGUGCCCUGAGCAGAUGAAUGAUUCGGCACUGAGACACACAGGCCUCUACUGCAACCAGCUUGCUUCUACAGACCUUCUCAAAACAGAAGCAGAUGGAACCCAGGACAAGAAGACAGAAGAGUUCUUCUCUGUGGUGACUACAGACUAG